AUGCUGGCUAAUAUAUGUGAAAAGGAAUCACAAGUUGAAGUUGCGAGAACAGUACAAACUGACGCCGAAAAACGUGUACACGAACUGCAAGCACAACUGAGCUGGCACGUUGACAGAGAACUUAGUUCAACUAAUAUAAAGAAAGAUCCUUCUAAGCUCAMUUUUUUCACUGGAUUUACCUCUCUCAAGCGUAAUGAAAUGUUCAAGGACUUUAUCACAGAAUGUCAACUCACAUACAAUACCAAAACUGCCCUUUCUUUGGACGAACAGUUCUUAAUGGUACUAACGAGACUAACACUGGGACUUAAAGAGGAACUACUGGCCUACAUUUUUCACGUAAACGUGAGCACUAUAUCUAGAACGUUUUUAAAAUGGAUCCCUUGUAUGUAUCGUCGUUUUAAGCUUUUAAACAUAUGCCCCUCUAAAGCUAAGGUACUUAAUUCCAUGCCUAGGUCGGUAGCUCUAAAGUGUCCMUCAUUACUUGUUAUUGUUGAUUGUACAGAGAUGAAAAUUUUCAAACCCAAAGSACCUGCAAACCAGCAGGUCACCUUUUCCAGCUACAAGAACUGCAAUACAGUCAAAGCAUUGGUUGGAAUUUCACCUUCAGGAGCUAUACCUUUCGUGUCAGAGCUAUAUGGGGGAAAUAUCUCAGAUACAGAGAUCACAAAGCAAUGUGGAAUUGUUGAGCUUAUGGAACCAGGGGAAAUGAUUAUGGCAGACAGAGGGUUUUUGAUCGAGGACCUUGCCAAAAUACAUGGCUUUAAAGUUAAUGUACCACCUUUUACAGGUGGAAGAGAACAGUUAGAGAACACUGAAGUGAUUGCUGGCAGACGAAUUGCAAACACAAGAAUUCACAUUGAAAGAGCAAUAGGAAGAAUAAAAGAAUUCAAGAUCCUUACCAAAUACCUCAUGUGCAAUGAUAACAAAUUUCAAGCCUCAGCUUAUUAG